GCGAAUGUUUUACCACCGCAGCCGCAGACGAUGCGUCCCGGGCGCGGCCGUCAAGAAUGCAGCUCCGCUUCGUCCCGCUCGCCGCGAGCGCCAUGGCCGGAAGGAGCUUCCUCGCCGAUCUUCCUCGGCCCGUGAGGGGGAGAAGGAAUCAUCUAUGCUACAACGGGAACAAUUCGUCGUCGUCGGAGAAGGACGGCGAGCGUGGUCCGACAGAAGAGGCGCUGCGGCGGCUGGCAGAGCUCGACGCUCAGCUGGAAGGGCUGAAGGAGCCCAAGAUGAGGCCUCCGCCGCCCCCUCCUCCCCCAGACCCUUUCAUGGACCGGGACAUGAUAAUAACGCGGGGACGACCAAGCGAGGAGCUCCCAGAAAUGACCCCGGCGUACGUAGCCUUCUCAACUCUAGCGCUUUUCAUCUUCACCAUCUUCACCAACGUGAUGUUCAACCUGUACGUCAAACCUUCCGUGGACGGCGUCGAUCAGCCCGUGAGAACUCAGAGAACGGCCCUGCUUAAUCCAGCAGACCAGCUGCCCCAGAGUAGCUCGUCCGAGACGUGAAUGACAAUGAACCGCAGCUUGUUAAAGCAAGAGGGCAUGUGACUUUUUAGCUAAUAAAAGUAAAUGGAUGGUUUGCGCCUCAUAUUUGAUUUUCUGUAUGUAGAUCAAUCCCCACAUGUUCCGAAUGAACUAUAUUUUGCUGGCAUCGAUCGAGGGUUCGUUUUGAUAAUGCAGAGGUUCUGCUGCA